CGCGCCGACGCUCGUCACCGGAAGUGCGACACUUGUGCCUCUUGUGAGCAAAUAAACUCACUAGCCAAAAUAGUUUUGAAUGUACUCAUACUUCUGAACACAUACAAAGUUUGACAAUAAACGUAUCAAAAAAGGGGGAAAAUUUUGACUAAGGCUGCAAAAGUGAAUUAAACAUACCAUUAGAAGUACCGAACCCUGCUGGCCGCCACUCCCCGUCAACAUGCCUGCUCUGUUGGAGAGACCCAAACUGUCCAACGCGAUGGCCAGAGCCCUCCACAAGCACAUCAUGAGAGAGAGGGAGCGCAAAAGACAGGAGGAAGAAGAGGUGGACAAGAUGAUGGAACAAAAGAUGAAAGAAGAGGAGGAAAGGAAAAGGAAGAAGGAGAUGGAGGAGAGAAUGUCCUUGGAGGAGACAAACGAACAGAUCAUGAAGAUGGGGGAGAAACUCCAGUGGCUGCAGGAGGAGAAGCACCAGCUCUUCCUCCAGCUGAAGAAAGUGCUCCAUGAGGAGGAGAAGAGGCGCAGAAAGGAGCAGAGUGACAUGACAACUUUGACCUCUGCAAGCUACCAGCCCAGCAUGCCCAUCCACUCAGGACAGCACUUGCUGAGCAUGCAAGGCAGUCCGGUCAGCCAUGGUCGGCCAGGUGCUCUUUUGGCGGAGCGAAGUAAGCAACUGUUCCAGGCCCCUGUAAUUUCGGGGCGGCAGUUCCAGGCUGGCUUCGGUGCAGGAACCUCUGAACACGGCCAGUACUCCUCCAGCCAGCCAGCACAUGGGCCCUAUGGUGUCACUCAACCACAGCACGCCUCCCCCUAUGCCACAACUCAGUCUGUGCCGGUCAGCUAUGCAAGCAGCUCCCAGCUCAGAGGAACAUCAGCAUUUCAGACCAUGCAGUACCUCCCUCACCAGCAGCAAGGCUACGCUGUUCACAGUCACUUCACCUCGCAGCCAGGGUUUAUUCCCAGUGCUGGGAUACCCCUCCAGAAGCAGCUGGAACAUGCCAACCAGCAGUCUGGGUUUACUGACUCGAGCACCCUGAGGCCCUUGCACUCCCCGGCUCUCCACCCCGCUGCCGCUGGUCUCGUGCCCUCGCCCUCCAUUGCUGUCCAGAUCCCUGCUGCCAAGUCUGGCUUGCCGUACGCUCAUCCGUCCCGCCCUGCCUCUCCUGGGAGUUUCACUCAUGGGACCCCCCCUCAACAAGCCCAUGCGACCUCUUUCCAGAGCUCUCCUCAACCUGCCCCUCGCCAUGCCUACCUCUCUCACACCCAAACAGGACAGAGGUUCUAUCACCAUAGCAAGUAACCAAGGUUACGAACCACCAAUCGAGAGGAAGCAACAUCUAAUCAGAGAUUUUGUUUCUUCUAUUCGGACCUGGGGUUAGGCGGAUUGGAUAAAACUGUUCUGUGUUGUUGGAUUAAACGGACUACCAACAGAAUGAACAUGAUUUCUGAACACAGAAUAUUUGUUCUUUUCUGUUCCAUUUUAAAUUGUCUUCUUUGUGGGAAACAUUUAACCAUAUUUUAGCCUUGUUUUCAAGUCAAGUUGACUUCCACCUCACAUUGUAUUUGCAUUUCCUGACCAGUAACAUUUCCACUGUUAGUCCUCCAGUGGAACAACCCUUCAGAAUUCAAUUGAACUACUAAUAAAAACUUGUACAUCCACAGUUUUGAAUAGUUUAUUGUUGACCUUUUGUAUGAGAGCAUUUAAUUUCCUUAUGUGGUUAUAAACCUUUAUAUCACUUAAUAUGUAGGUUAUCUUAAAUGUUGAAAUGCCUACUUGUAUUUGUAAGCCAUGCCCAUUGCUGUAAUCUCCUGUGAAUUUGGGAGAGUGAACACUAACAGCCACUGCUUCUUUUGCGGUUCGUGCAGGCAGACUGGGCUGACCAGAUGGGGUUGCUGGUGCACAAUGAGACAGUCAUCCCACAGCCAAUUUUUGCUUGCAGACAGAGCUGGCACUGGCAUGGCCCAGAUUUGAUACCAGACUAUGGGGCAAUCCGCACACUGGAACAGUGACUUAACAGGAUGAGCCACCCAGCAGCUCAAUAUGUAGGAAAUCUGACUUGAUGAGUGGGAAUCACAAAAUGAAUUCUGUCCCAUAUCUGAGUCUGCGUUAUCAGUUGGUCUUUUGGUCAGCCCUGUUUCAAUGUUUGUACAAUUCUCAGAUUUACAUGUUCACUCUUAUAUUGAACAGUUUGAAAUUUAAAUCAAAUGCUGCUGCAGUCACUUUGACAUUUCUAAGUAGGCUUUGGGUAUAGAAUCAUGACAUUACAGACUUUUCAGAAAUACUACUCAAUGUCAAACUGAAUGUUUUUGGGUCAAUGAAUAUUCUACACAGCAAUCAUUGAACCACAAUAAAAACUCACAUUGUGGUUUUC